GACUUGCCCUGUCCCCCAAGCUGGAGUGCAGUGGUGAGAUCAUAGCUCACUGCAGCCUCCAUAUCCUGUACUCAAGUGAUCCUCCCACCUCAGCCUCCAGAUUAGCUUUGACUACAGGGCUGUGACACCACACCUGGACAGUUAUUUAUUUAUUUAUUUGUUUACUUAUUGAGACAGAGUCUUGUUCUGCCUCUUAGGCUGGAAUGGAGUGGCCCAAUCUCGGCUCACUGCAACCUCCUCCUCCUGGGUUCACGUAAUUCUUGUGCCUCAGCCUCUUGAGUAGCUAGGACUGUGCCACCACACCAGGCUGAUUUUUGUAUUUUUAGUAGGGAUGGGGCUGGUCUCAAACUCCUGGCCUCAAGUGAUCCACCUGCUUCAGCCUCCCAAAUUGCUGGGAUUACAGGCAUGAGCCACCACGCCCGGCGUGUCUUUUACAUUUUUUUAUAGAGACAAGGGUCUUGCUACGUUGCCCAGGCUCAUCUCAAACUCCUGGCCUCAAAUGAUCUUCCUGUUUCGGCCUCCCAAUGUGCUGGGAUUCCAGGCGUAAGCCACCACUCUCGGCCACCAGUUGGGUUUUUGUCUUCAUCCUGAAGGAGUGAGAGACGCCCUUCAGCAGGUCUCUGACCAUCAGGGCCCUCCUGAGGAAGGCAUGGCUCUGCAGGGUGGGUGCCAAUCCUGAGCUAAGGAUGGUCCCCUGCCCUCCUCUCUGGGAAGUUGACCUCAGCCAGAGGUCUCUCCUGGUGGUGCACCUGAGCGGCAACCUGAUUUCUGUCCCCAGCUACCUGGCCAAUGACAUGGAGGAGGACGAGUCCUCCAAACGAAACAUCUUCUACUUCCUGUACGGGAAGAACCGCUCCCAGAUACCCUUGUUCCAUAAGCUUCGGUUCCAGUUCUUCCAUUCCAUGAGCUGGAGGGCUUGGGUUUCCCUGAAGCAGUUGGAAGAGGUAGGUGGGACGUAGGGAGAUGGAGGAGGUGGGGAGGAAUCGAGUGGGCUGGAGGCUGGAUGAGGGGAGGGAGGGGUAUCCUGGGGAGUCCCCAUCUUCUUAAGGGGCGUUUGUUUUUCCAGAUCCAGGCUUAUGACCCAGAGCACUAGGUGUGGGCAUGAGAUCGCGCCGCCUUUCCUAGAGCUCCAGGGACCGUGGAGGCCUGAGGUCAUCGGCCUGAGGGAAGGUACAUCUGUGUCCUCUGGGGUAAAGGCAGAAUAUGGUGGUCUAUUUUGGAAAUCUGAGGAUCCCAACUACUUGAUCCGGCCUCGAGCCUGGGCAACAUGGCGAGAUCCCCUCUCCACAAAAAUACAAAAAUUAGCCAGGCGAUGUGGGAAGAUCGCUGGAGCCUGCGAGGUCGGGGCUGCAGGGAGCCCUGAUCCUGCCACUGCACUCCAGCCCAGGCAACACAGUAAGACCCUGACUCAAAAAUAAUAAUAAAUAGAGUUUGGGGAGGUUCAUUAUGAUUGACGCACUUGAGUUACCGAUUUGGGUCGAGGGUUCAGUGAAGCUUUGGUUCACAUCUUGUGCAGCUACCCACGUUCAGCACAGAGCAUCAGACUUCAUCAUAGGAGGUAGGAUUAUGGAUUAGGCUUCAGGACUCGGGGUUCGUGAUGUUGUCACAUUAGAAACGGAUCUAGCAUGGUUACAAGUUCAGCUCUUAAGUGACACAAAAGGCCCCAGUUGUGAUGAAGUCCAAAGCCACAUUCUCUGAGCGUGCCCUACUCCCUGGGCAGACCCACCCAAAGUCCUUGCUAUGAAGCAGAUCACUGGGGCUGACCUUGGGUGUAUUAAGUGAGUUUUGGAGUCAGGGUCACCAAAGUGUGAGUUUCACAGUUGAACACGAUGGUUCAGAAGCAGGCUACAGAAUGAAAGACAGGAGAUAAAACUGGAUUUCUCAAUUGCUCUGAACUCUAGUUAGACUUGAUGUGGGACAUGAAUAACCUUCCUGUCUAGAGAGCUGCCUCCUUUAAGUGUGACAUCCUCUGUCUCACUUCCAGAACACCAGACCCAGGGGAGAUGUGGAUUUUCAGCAGGAACUUUAUUCCAAUGCUAAUGGCGGACACCAGGAAGGAGGAGAGGAGCCAUUUGUGCAGAUCAUCUAGAAGAACCUGGACUGUUCCAGACAGAACUGAAUAGAGUGAUCACGUUGUCCUCCCAGGACCAGGGGGGUACUUCUGUGUCUGGAAUUGGUGGGUUCUUGGUCUCACCGACUUCAAGAAUGAAGCUGUGGACCCUCACGGUGUUACAGUUCUUAAAGGUGGCCUGUCCGGAGUUUGUUCCUUCUGAUGUUCGGAUGUGUUCAGCCUUCUGGCGGCUUCGUGGUCUCACUGGCUCAGGAAUGAAGCUGCAGACCUUCGCGGAAAAUGUGUCUCAUGCAGAGGGGCGUUACCCAGUCUCCAAUGGGCGGGAGCCGGUGGAACGGAGGAGCCAAUGAGUGCGAGAUGUUGAGUGACAGCUGUCCAAUGGAGGCCCUCCGUGUUAGUACGGCUUGCGGCUUAAGCGCCGCCGCUGUCUGAGGAAUGUCAACUAUUCAACAUGGAGGCGGAGGUCGAUAAGCUGGAACUGAUGUUCCAGAAAGCUGAGUCUGAUCUGGAUUACAUUCAAUACAGGCUGGAAUAUGAAAUCAAGACUAAUCAUCCUGAUUCAGCAAGUGAGAAAAAUCCAGUUACACUCUUAAAGGAAUUGUCAGCGAUAAAGUCUCGAUAUCAAACUUUGUAUGCCCGCUUUAAACCAGUGGCUGUUGAGCAGAAAGAGACUAAGAGCCGCAUUUGUGCUACUGUGAAUAAGACUAUGAAUGUGAUACAAAAACUACAGAAGCAAACAGACCUGGAGCUGUCACCACUGACUAAAGAAGAGAAAACUGCGGCAGAGCAAUUCAAAUCUCACAUGCCAGAUUUAUGAAGAAAUGGACUUGGAAAGGAAAUUCUAACAGAGAAGAGCUUAAUUCCAGAGAAAUUUAGGAAGAUGUCUUGUUAACCCUUGAUGUCUAGAGACUGGGGGCUGGUGAAGGAGGUUUGGCUUCAAUGACUGGAUAAUGAUGUCUUUCAUGAGAGAGACUAUAAGAAGAAGGGCAGAUAAUAUAUGAAUAAAGUUCAGCCAAAAGGAUCAAAUGGGAAUAAAACGAUUUAAAUAUAUGUACACACGCAUGCACACACACACUUAGUCUUGUAAUUUCAGGCCAGAAAGUCUCUUAACACUAUUUUGCAUCUGUUUUCUUUUUCUAAGUCAUGAUAAUGUAGAUGUUCUGGUCUAUUAUAAAAGAAUGUUUAUGUACAUUUCAGUCAUUCGGUAUGUGGCUUUGUAAAUUAAAGUAUAGGCAAAACAUCUGUAUUAUACAUUGUAUGUGAUUUCAUUUUGUAAAUGUUGAUUGCACAUGUGGUCACAUUAUUGUUGAGACUGCUUUUAUGUGACCUGUAGUCUCCCACAAAACCUGAAGUAAUAAGCUGGCUUUUCUGUGAUAGCCACUUUUGCGUAUUUUUUUUCCCUAUUUCCCUUGCCUGCUAAUGUUGAACAGCAUGAACUUGCUUUCUGAUGCUGUUUUAGACUGUCCCUGUUGUAUUUCAAUAAUAUCUUUGUUUUCCUUCAGCCUUUAUUACUAUAAUUGUUCAUUCUACAUGAAAGCUAGGAAACUGAAAUUAGAAGAGCACUUAUCUGCUACUUGCCAGUUUUGUGUGAGUGUGUUAUAUGUAUGUGUCAAUUUCCCUUUAAAAUAACUAUUUAUUUAAAAAUAACUAUUGGCAAUAAGGAAACUGUUCAAAGUAGAGGCAGAUCUUGAUACAAAGAUGUUAAUCACAGGGUUGUUUAUAAUAGCAAUAUACAUACACAUUUGGCUAGUACUAGGUGAAUAGGAAAAUAAAUCAUGUUGUAUGUAUACAAUAAGAGGUCAAGUUGCCAAUAAAUUAUUACUUUUAAUGUUCUAGGAAAUGCUGAAACUAUGCUAAGUGGGGGAGAGGGAAAGCAGGUAUUGCAGUUUUGUAGUAAAGAUUGGGCUUUGGAGUCAUAUCUGAGAUGUAAGUAGCAGCUUUUAAAUUCUAGCUAUGACCCUGUGCAGAUCACUUAACUUUUGAGUGUCAGGAUGUUUGGAAGGACAAGACAGUAAAGUGUUUUAAUACAGGGUUCAGUAUUUAGUAAGCCUUCAAUAAAUGAGAUUACAUACAUGUAAUAAAAACUAAGCAUUGAAAGGACUAGGAAAAAUGCCUCAAAUGUUAGUUCUGCAGGUUAUAGAAUUAUACUUUUAUGUAAUAUUAAAAUUUCAGUUAUGAGCAUGUUUGUCCAUUAACAAACUUAUAAUAGCUGAAAAACAGGGUUGUGAGAACAGCUUCAGUUAAAAUUGUCCUGUCUAGUUUGAAUAUUCAAGAACAGAAAGCCUCCUUUUUUUUUUUUUUUUUUUUUUGAGACGGAGUCUCACUCUUGCCCAGGCUGGAAUGCAGUGGUGCGCUCUCAGCUCACUGCAACCUCCACCUCCCAGGUUCAAGCAGUUCUCUGCCCCACCCUUCCGAAUAGCUGGGAUUACAGGCGCCCGCCACCACACCCAGCUAAUUUUUUGUAUUUUUAGUAGAGAUGGGGCUUCACCAUCUUGACCAGGCUGGUCUUGAACUCCUGAUGGUGAUCCACCCACCUCGGCCUCCCAAAGUGCUGGGAUUACAGGCAUGAGCUACCAUGCCCAGCCCCCUUUUUUUUUAAUUACAGAGAAAUAAGUUACACCUUAGUAUCAGAUAUUAAUUUUCUUCAGUGUUCAGGCAAUUAGUAUUUAGAAGGCUCUUGUCAUGAGAUGGCUCUGGGAUGUGAUGAUGAUUGUUGGGAUUGAAAAAAUGGUAGUAUCAUGGAGAGAUCAUAAUAAAUUCUUAUUUUAAUAGUAUUAAAAGUAGUUUUGCUUUCAGUUAGGAAGAAAAAUUAGAUUGUACUAUUUUUCCUCUAUGAUUUCCUUCAGUUAUCUUCCAAAUGUUGUUUUUUCCCCACAGCCCCCUUAACAUUGUUCUCUAUGUACUUCUCAAUACAUUUUCAUUUGUUUCUCAA